AGGAUGCCCUCUGCCCGAAUCGAACGAGCGAUCUUAUCAUUUCCUGACCGAAGUCAUACUAGUGAUACGCUUUACCACUAAGCCAAGAGGGCUCAUUAAUGAACCAAGAGAUUCCAACUGUGCUGGAUUGACUUGUGGAGGUUCCUGAAAAUUCAGUAAUUAUAUAGCCAAGACCAAAGGGCAUUCUGCUGUGUUGUUCAAUGCUCAAAAUCAUCUUAUGAAGAGCCGACAUCGGUAAUGUGGGACCCGGAAAUUUCGAAUUGAGCUAAGGAACUCUUCACCUAGGAUGUAAACUCGUCAACGCAUUCACCCCACUCUGGCCUUCAAUAGGUAACUUGCGGCAAGUUGCACCAACUAUGCUUAGUCAUGCACCACUUGUCGCCAGUGUUGUACCCAUCCUUGUUCUGUUGAUUAUAUGUACCUGUUGGAAGAGGACCUUUGGUAUGCUGAACGCCCUCGUGUUUAUGUGUUUGGUGUAUCGGCCCUGCUUAAGGCUCACUACUGGAGUGUCCAGCCACUGCCCAAUGAGACAGGCGAGGUAUGUCAACUGUGAUUACAGACGCGAAGUAUGAGGACCCUGUCUCAGGCCCUAAUGCUCGUAUUCAUCGCAUAUGCGCAAAUCCUGUCAAACUUUGGAUGGAAACGUUCUUAAAUGUGUAUUGAAUGAUAGGCUAGGUGAUUGCAGUGAAAGUGAAGUUUUCCCUGGGCCGCAAAGGCGACUAACGUGGGCGUUUAUAACCAUCGAAUGAGCACUAUGAUCUGAACGACAAAUGAUGCUUUGAAAAUGUUUGACUAUCAUUCAGUGUGACGCGACCGAUAAAUCUUGGCUCGUAAUGAACGGGGGUGUGGAGCCCCAGAUUAUCACAUGCU